AGUCGCGCCGGGACGAGCAUACCUGCCGCUUCCCCCGCCGCCCAGUGCAUCUGGCUGAAGGGGACCUCGUUCAGACGGAGGACGGCGACAGCUCCAAGGAGUUGAAACGGGCGCGCGCCGUCCCGGGCACGGCCUCCCGGCGCAACGCGGGACGCUUUGGCGACUUCUCCGACCUGCUCCCCCACCCCCACCCCCGCCCGCCUCCAGCCCGGCCAGGGAAAGGUGGGACGGCUCCGGCUCUAGUUACGGAAGCGGCCGGUGCCCGGCGAGGAGGGUUCGAAAAUGCCCCGCGCGUUUCUGGUGAAGAAGACGUGCGUCUCCACGUGCAGGAGGAAGUGGAGCGAGCUCCCCGACGAGGAGCGCGGCGAGAUCUAUGUGCCAGUCAGCCUAGGCUUCUGCCCACCACGGCCCUACAGGGAGCCAGAGCCAUCAGUGGCCGAACCCCCUUCUUGCCCCCUGGCUUUGGACAUGAGCCUUCGGGACUCCAGCUAUAGUGUGACCCCAGGGCCCUGCGUGGUGGCCCAGCUGCCCUCCGAAGACACGAGCCGCCUGGCAGACCCACAGAGCAGGGACCAUGGCUUCCUGCGCACCAAGAUGAAGGUGACGCUGGGGGACACUCCCAGUGGAGACCUCUUCACCUGCCACAUCUGCCAGAAGGCCUUCACGUACCAGCGCAUGCUGAAUCGCCACAUGAAGUGUCACAACGACGUCAAGAGGCACCUCUGCACCUACUGCGGGAAGGGCUUCAAUGACACCUUCGACCUGAAGAGGCACGUGCGCACCCACACCGGAGUGCGGCCCUACAAAUGCAGCCUGUGUGACAAGGCCUUCACGCAGCGCUGCUCUCUGGAGUCUCAUCUCAAGAAGAUCCAUGGCGUGCAGCAGAAGUACGCGUACAAGGAGCGGCGGGCCAAGCUGUACGUGUGCGAGGAGUGUGGCUGCACGUCCGAGAGCCAGGAGGGCCACGUCCUGCACCUGAAGGAGCGCCACCCUGACAGCCCGCUGCUGCGCAAGACCUCCAAGAAGGUGGCCAUGGCCCUGCAGGACACCGUCACCUCCCUGCUGCAGAGCAGUCACCACCUCUAAG